CCACCAAGUAGGGCAAGUGGCUGAGGCUAAGGACUGCAAUUCCAUCGAGCCUAGUUCAUUUCAGUCAUCUGCUGAGUGCACAGACGAGACAAGGAGACCAAUUUCAGCGCUGCUUAUUUGCCAAAGCCCCAAAACAGCCUAAAGUGAAAAUGGUAAAGUACAUGCGACAGCACGGCGAGCUGAAACCCGAAGAGGUCCUUUCGGAGUCUGACGCGUCCAUGCACCAGCAGGAUUUCGGAGAGAUGUCCGACUAUUCUUUCAGCGACGUUUUAUACUCCAAAUGUUCCGCAAUGGACCAAAUCGGCACUUUUAUGAAGAACGUGCAAGUGCUGCUCGAUGCAGCAAAUUACAUAGAAAAUGUCGAGAAGAACAGCGGAAAAUGUGAGCAUGGGUAUGCUUCGACAUACCCUGCAACCCAGGCUGCACAUCAACAGAAACAACGUAAAUUCAAGAACAGGAAAUUGGACAAUAUUCACAAUAGGUCAGCACACAAUGAACUGGAAAAAAAUAGACGAGCACAUCUCCGCCUGUGUUUGGAGAGGUUGAAGUCCCUCAUCCCUCUGGGACCAGACUGCAGUCGGCACACCACACUGGGACUGCUCAACAAGGCCAAAGCACAUAUCAAGAAACUUGAAGAGAAUGACCGGAGGAGUCAGCACCAGCUGGAGACCUUAGAGAGGGAGCAGAGGCACCUGCAGAGGCAGCUAGCACAGCUGCAGACUCACGGAGAGUGGGAGAGGGUCCGUAUGGACAGCCUGGGCUCCCGCGUGGACUCUGAGCGCUCAGAUUCUGAGAGAGAGGAGAUUGAAGUCGAUGUGGAAAGCACUGAGUUCUCCCAUGGAGAAAUGGACAGUGUAAUCACCAGUGGUGCAAGUGACCUGGAUGACCACAGCAGCCGGCAGAGCUCAGCCAGUGAUGAGGGUUACUCCACUUGCAGUCUAAAACUGGCCUUCUCUGCUUAAAACACCAGCCUAUACUUUCACUUCAGCUGCAGUCUUUAAUGGCUUUCACCUUUCAAAGUACCAGCCUACAGCUCCAUUCUCCCUCGCAGUUUAGGUUAACUGUCCUCAGAAGAACCAGCCUCAAUCCCACCUGUACCUGACAAAUGAAAACGUUUACUUCACCCCGAGAACCAGCCUUAAGUUCAACUCAGUCUAAAAGUUUAAUAUGUCUCCCUCCAAAAGCCAAGGGGCUCCUCUACAUCAGUCUGACACAUUUUACACAACAGCCUCAAAUUGAACUUCUGUGGCAAUAUAUGGUUUCCUCAUUUUCAAAGUUGACUUAACCAAUCACCUGAAUGUCCCGUUACCCAGUACCAGCUUGAACUCAAUACUGAUCCUGUAGAGGACCCAUGAUCGCACCGGUGUCCAACACUGAAGGGGAAACUACCUUUAGUCAAGUUGAUCCUCUGAAACCAGCAAAAACACAAACAAACCCAAUACCAGCUAGAAGCUCACCAUUGGGAACGUUUGCUCCAUUUGCCUUGUAAAAACAUUGGCCUUGGAUAAUAUAUCCAGACGACACUUCUUAUCAGUGUACAAGCCAGUGGCAAGGGCUACAAUGUCUGCAUUCCAAAAUGUUUAUUACACUUCUAUAACCUCUGCUUUAGGACCCACAAACCAUCACUGAUACAUGUGGCGUCCCUCCUCUUGACUGAAAUCCAGUCAUAUCCAAACAGGUGGUGCAGUCCACCCUUGUUAUUCUAAUUUAUUUUGCAUAUAAUUAAAGUAUUUAUUUUUGGUAUAUUUAAUUUUACUGUAGCUAGCUAUUGGUCAGUUUGAAUGGAAAAAAAAAAACUCUUGCUCUUAAAAUAAUUUUCAUUUUGUUUUCAUGUUUACCCAAUUUCUUGAUAUGAAAUUAAUUCCCACUGAAACAUACGCAGUGCUACAGGUUUAACGCAUUACUCAAUGUUGUUUUGUUGAAAGAAUGACACAUCUUUCACACUGUGCGCAAAUUCAGUUUUAUUUAGACAGUAAUAAGCUAUCCUCAAGCAAUAAUGCAUCCGGUUUUUAGCUCAUCUUUGAUGUUGGCUGUUCAGCACACUACUCUGUCCGUCCGACACCAAAUUGGAGUUUGCUAGUUUUCCACUUGCUCCUCUAGUGCUAUCAGUUAUUAAUAAUCAGCAGUAAAAAUGAUUGUAAUUGAUUUUUUCUUAAAAAAAUAAAUAGGGUGCAUGUGUGUUGAAUGUAGCUAAUCACGUUGUAAUGUGCUUUGGAUUGACAAGUCUUAGAUGUCUGUAGCAUGAACAACAUAAACACUACAGAAUACAAACUUUGGUUUGUACUUCAAUGUUUAAUGCUGUAUCUUUUUUGUAUUGUAGCACAGAAAGUACGAAGUUCAAAUCCUUGAUAUUUGGAGGCUUCCCAUUAAUAAUUCAAUUUAUAUUUGACACAUAUAAUUGCACUGCUGACCUGUCUGAAUCCGCCAAAUUAGACAAUUCAAUAAGACCAUUUAUCUGCAUUUUUCUGUUCCAAGUCUUGAGUAGAUCUCCACCAAAUUGUGUCUUAACAUGGGUAUAUGACUCUUGCACAAAGUUCCUUGUUACAGGUCUUCCCCCCCUCCCCCAACCUGUUUGGGAAACUAUAAAAUGCACUAUGAAAGACUUUUGUUGAGGAAGCAUAUUAAAGCACACCCCAGAAUGUUUUCUCGUGCUUAAUCAGCCAUCCAAGGUGACUUUUUUGCAAAACAUGUGCUGCUGGUCCCCUGCUAGUACUUUGUUACAGUUCCUGAUAACUGUCCCUGGAAUCUUAAUAAACCUCUACCACCCAGA